AUGGGCAAGCAUACCUCCAAGCAGUCUUCCUCGAAGUCUAAGAGCCCCGGCACCAGGGCACCCAACGGGCAGAGCUCCUCCUCGUCCAGCACCGUCCCGGUUGACCGAUCGCUCGGCAGGAGCCAGACAACAACAACAACGACCAUGGGGGCUCACGACAGUCCGAUGGGUAUGUGGCUAACGCAGCCGUUCCAUCAGGAGCCAUACCACAAUAUCGCCGCGGUUUCGGCGGACGGAUCGGCGGCGGGGCAGGCUGACGGACGUCAGGGGUCCGGGGCAUCGGCGACGUACGCCUCAUCCCGGCCGCAGCAGCAGCAGCAGCAGCCGCGCUGA